AUCGGUUGGAUGAAAGCCGAAGAUCAAACAAUAUUAACGUUUCACGAGCGUGUAGUUGCUUCAAACGGUCGAUUUAGCGUAAGUCAUGAGAAUUACAGAACUUGGUAUUUACAUAUACGAGACGUGGAGGAAACUGACAAAGGCUGUUACAUGUGCCAAGUAAACACGAUCGAAAUGCAAAAACAAAUCAGUUGUUUAGACGUCUUAGUUCCGCCGGAUAUAAUCACAGACGAGUCGAGCCCAGACCUCACGCUGAUGGAGGCCGAGAACGCCACCCUGUCGUGUCACGCCACCGGCAACCCCGAGCCAAAAAUCACGUGGAGGCGGGAAAACAACCAGCCACUGAUGCUGCGCACCGGUUCCAGAGACUUGGUCAAGCACAAUUCGUAUAUCGGUAACGACCUGAAACUUUGGCGGCUUGACAGAAGACAGACCGGCGUUUACUUCUGCAUAGCCAGCAACGGUAUACCACCCGCAGUCAGCAAGAGGAUAACGCUGAGCGUUUACUUUCCACCAGUAAUUGCGGUACCCAAUCAAUUACUAGGAGCGCCAAUAGGCACAGACGUGACACUCGAAUGUCACGUGGAAUCCUACCCAAAAUCUAUCAACUAUUGGGUCAGAAAUCGAACAAAAAUGUUGAUGGACGGACCCAAGCACAUUCUUCGAGAAACAAUAUCUGGCUACAAGGCUGCCUACUAUAUUGUUAUCAAGAUGUUCGACCAAACAGAUGUAGGGACCUACAACUGCAUAUCAACUAACUCCAUUGGAAACUCAGAAGGCACUCUAAGGGUGUAUGAGCUUCAGGGCGAUAUACCAAUUGGAAAGAGCUCCAAGAACAAAGUGGCCAGAUCGUCAGCGUGUCCAAAGCACAUGCACAUAGUUACGGUGGCCGCGUUGACCGCGGUCUGGGCCAAAGCCAUCGGUUGAAUAUCUCUUCACAUCGACAUCGAAAAAUAAAAUUAACUAAUCAGAUAUUUUUAAAUCGAUUAAAAUAACUUUUUUUUGUAUAAAUGAAUAUCUACUCGCCAAUUUAGGUAUUCGCUCAUCAACAGACUGGAUGUCUACUGUGAUCGUACUCGUUGUAUAAUAUUUGCCAAUAAUAUAACAUUUUAUGUUUCGCGUCGUAUUAUAGGGACUUCAAUUUAUUUAUUAUUAUUAUUUGCGUUAUAAAAAUAUAAUGAUUAUUUUAUUGUUUUUAAUGUACCUACUGCAGAGACAGGCGACCGCCCGGACAACAGCCGUAAACACAAAUCGUUCACCGACAAAUUGUAUCACUAUUAUCAUUAACUAAAAAUAGCUUUAAGAUUUAUAUAUUGACAUAUUGUUGUACUUGUACUUACCAUGGUGUCAGCCUUUGUUACGGGAACAUU